AUGGCUCGGGCUCUCACUCUAAUGGCAGCAUGCUACACUAACUUUAUCGACGGAUUACGAGGGUUGUUAGCAGAAGGUGGCAGUGUUAGCCAUUCGAUACCAGUGCUGCCGACCCAAGUGCCUGCGGACGACGACAGCAGGUUUGUCCUGGCGGUGCUUGAGAAAGUGGGUCACUACACAACGCUGGCUCUGGAUGGAACUAAUGCAAACAUUGUUGGGUUCAGUAUCGAAACAGAUUCCUACUUCUUUAAAGACGUUGCUGAUAAUAUCUAUGCAUCUCCACUUUUCGAUAAUACAUAUAAAACCAGACUUCCAUUUGGUAGUAGUUACGAUAGUUUGGAGGCUGAAGGAGCAUAUAGAGAGAAUACCACAUUGGGAACCUACCCAUUAAAUGAUGCAGCCUCGAAACUCUACGCUUAUCAUAGCAACAAUACAAUAGAUAUUGCUCCUUCUCUUCUGGUUAUUAUCCAAAUGGUUUCAGAGGCUGCGCGGUUUCAAUACAUUGAGGGUAUGUUGUUCGACAAUUUUAACGUAGGGCUUGAUCCAAAAUGUGACAUGCUCAGUCUAGAGGAUAAUUGUUAUGUCAUUUCCAUUGCAAUCCAGACAUCUGUAAACGAUAAAUUUCUUUUCCCAGUACAAUUGCAACAGGAAGACUGUAGCACAGAGAAAGUGUCCAAUGUUGGAGUUGUGCAGUCAAAGAUGGGACUCUUGUGGCCUUUUCCAUACCAAGGAGAUCUCAUCAGGAAGCUGUCAUCAGCGGUUUGA